UCAACGGAGACAGGAACAAAAGGACACCAUGAACGCGCACACACCAAAACCUAAUCCCUUCGUUGUAGUUCUUGUCAGCAUGCUGCUGGCAAUGGCGGUUCGCGCACCGCUCGCUCGCUCCGCUUCCAUUUCCAUCCGCCCAGUCCUCCGCUGCUCUCAUUCGCUUUCCGUCAUUUCUCCCAAACAUCUUCUCAAAUCCCGUCCUUGUCCCCUCUGGUCCUCUUCCUUCUCCUCCUGCCUCUCUCUUUACACUCUCCGGAAGUCCACCACACCUCCUCCUCUCCACAUUUGCUCCUCUUCCUCCUCCGUCGCAUCCAUGGCCGCCCCCACCGUCGAUCGCCCCGAUGAAGCCAAUCCUCUCCUGCAAGACUUCGAUUUUCCGCCGUUCGACGCCGUCCGCGCCGACCACGUCGCCCCCGGGAUCCGAACCCUCUUGAAGCGACUCGGGAGUGAGCUGGAUGAGUUGGAGAGGACAGUGGAACCGUCGUGGCCUAAGUUGGUGGAGCCGUUGGAGAGGGUUAUCGAUCGGUUGACGGUGGUUUGGGGGAUGGUCAACCAUCUCAAGUCCGUCAAGGAUUCGCCUGAGCUUCGUUCCGCCAUCGAAGAUGUGCAGCCGGAGAAGGUUGAGUUUGAUCUAAGGUUGGGGCAAAGCAAGCCUAUUUAUAAUGCAUUUAAAGCCAUUCGAGAAUCAUCUGAUUGGCAGACUCUGAGUGAUGCUCGCAAACGUAUAGUGGAAUCCCAAAUAAAAGAGGCAGUUCUUAGUGGUGUUUCUCUUGAAGAUGACAAAAGAGACAAUUUCAAUAAGAUUCAACAGGAGCUGGAAAAACUUUCAAAAAAAUUUGAGGAGAAUGUUUUGGAUGCCACAAAGAAGUUUGAAAAGUUAAUUACAGAUAAGAAAGACGUUGAAGGGUUACCUGCUACUGCUCUUGGGUUGGGCGCACAAACAGCAGUGUCUAAGGGGCACCAAAAUGCUACUGCCGAGAAUGGUCCCUGGGUCAUCACAUUGGAUGCACCGAGUUUUCUAUCUGUUAUGCAACAUGCUCAAAACCGGUCUUUGCGUGAGGAAGUUUACCGUGCUUAUGUAUCCCGUGCCUCUAGUGGAGAUCUGGAUAAUACAGCAAUUAUUGAUAAAAUUCUUAAUCUUAGAUUGGAAAAGGCUAGGCUUCUUGGCUACAAGAACCAUGCUGAGGUGAGCAUGGCUACUAAAAUGGCCACCAUUCAAAAGGCAGAGGAACUCCUAGAAAAGCUUCGAAGUGCUUCCUGGAAUCCUGCCAUUCAAGAUAUGGAAGACCUUAAACAUUUCUCAAAAAGUCAAGGAGCAUUAGAAGCUAAUGAUUUGAACCAUUGGGAUUUUAGCUUUUGGAGUGAGAGGCUUCGCGAGUCAAAGUAUGAUAUAAAUGAGGAAGAACUACGCCCAUAUUUCUCAUUGCCAAAAGUUAUGGAUGGCCUCUUCAACCUUGCAAAUGGGAUUUUUGGAAUUGAUAUUGAGCCAGCUGAUGGUCUAGCUCCAGUCUGGAACAAUGAUGUUCAGUUCUACUGUGUUAAAGAUUCUUCUGGUAAUCCAAUUGCAUACUUCUAUUUUGAUCCAUAUUCUCGUCCAUCUGAAAAACGAGGAGGUGCAUGGAUGGAUGAGGUUGUUGCUCGAAGUCGUGUUAUGUCACAUGAUGGUGCAUCUGUGAGGUUGCCUGUAGCCCACAUGGUUUGCAAUCAAAUGCCCCCAGUGGGGGACAAGCCAAGCCUUAUGACAUUCAGAGAGGUUGAGACUGUCUUCCAUGAAUUUGGUCAUGCACUUCAGCAUAUGCUAACCAGGCAGGAUGAGGGUUUGGUUUCUGGUAUACGGGGGAUAGAGUGGGAUGCUGUUGAAUUACCUUCCCAAUUCAUGGAAAAUUGGUGUUACCAAAGGGAUACCUUGAUGAGCAUUGCCAAGCACUAUGAAACUGGUGAGAGCCUUCCUGAAGAUGUGUUUUUGAAGCUCCUUGCUGCCAGGACCUUUCGUGCAGGUUCUUUAAGUCUUCGCCAGAUAAAAUUUGCAACUGUAGACUUGAAGCUGCAUACUGAGUAUGUUCCCGGUGGCUCAGAAUCCAUCUAUGAUGUUGAUCAUAGGGUUUCUGAAAAAACACAAGUGAUUCCUCCCCUGCCAGAGGACAGAUUCCUUUGUAGUUUCAGCCACAUAUUUGCUGGUGGAUAUGCAGCAGGAUACUACAGUUACAAGUGGGCAGAAGUGUUGUCUGCAGAUGCUUUCUCAGCCUUCGAGGAUGCUGGGUUGAAUGACAAGAAGGCUGUAGAAAAGACAGGUCACAGGUUCAGAGAAACCAUACUUGCUUUGGGAGGAGGAAAAGAGCCUCUUGAGGUUAGACAUGAUAAACCCCUGUACAUGUUUCCAUAUUUCCUGUUAAUAUUGUUCUAUAAAUUUCUUGCUGGAGAUGCUUUGAUUGCCCCAACUUUUUCCGGGAAUAUGCUGCAGUAGUUUUGAUUCAUGUUAAGUAAUAAAUAUCUGCGGUGUUCUUGUUCAGAUUUAAUUAGGGUUCGUUUAGAUCAAAGAUUUUGAUUGGAGAAUUGAAGGAAUAGAAAAUAAGGAAGCAACUCAUUUUUAUUUAUAUAUGUUUCUUUUCUAUUAAACACUAUCAAAAAGAAAAAAUUAUUAUAAUAUAAUUAAAAAUUAAGAAAUGAAAUAUUAAUGAUGUAUAAAAUUAAAAUUUUGUUCAUAGAUUUAGUAUAUUAUUUAUUUAUUUACUUUCUUUUGAUGAUCAAACAUAAAAAUAUGGAUUUUUUUUUUCUUAACAUUUUUCGACUGCCCAUUAAUGUGAUCUCUCUUUCUGAGCAUGCGGAGUUGAUUUUUGUGAAAACAGGUAUUUGUGGAAUUCCGUGGGCGUGAACCUUCUCCGGAGGCACUGCUCAGGCACAACGGCCUAUUACCAGUCACGGCCUCUGCAUGAGUUCUAAGGAUCUCCUUUCACAAUCUCUUUGAUGACAUGCUUUUCGUUUUCUUUUUGGUUUUCCCAAUACAAGUCGUAAUCCAGACUAGAAUUUCAUGUUCACAAACCUAUCAUAAAUUAUUAAUGUUUUU